AGCCCGCCCCGCGCUCCCUCACGGCCGGAGCCGCCGGGAAAGCGCUCCCCAAACCGAGCCCUUCCUGAUACCGGCUCAGCCCAGCCCCGCUCUGCCCGAAGCCUCUGGGAUUAGUCGCAUUUCAGGAGCCUGAAAAGGGGAAUCCUCCUCCAGACCGCGUUUCAAAGUGGGAGGAGAAGAAAGGCUUUGUGGCAAUGUUAGAUCCUUUAGAGAACAACUUGUUUGAUCUUCCCGAUUAUGAGAACACAGAAGAUGAAACAUUCCCACCUCUUCCACCUCCUGCCUCUCCUGGAAGAGCCGAUGCUGAAUGKGCUCAGGCUGAUGGAGAUCCAGAUGGAAACCAGCAAUCCCACACAAAGGAUACUGCUGUGACCACACAAAAAGCAGUUAAAAGACCAAGGCCCAGAUUAGAUGCCCAGAGAUUAAUUUCUGAAAGAGGACUACCAGCCCUCAGACACAUGUUUGACAAUGUGAAGUUCAAGGGUAAAGGGCAUGAGGCAGAGGACCUAAAGACAUUGAUGCAACACAUGGAGCACUGGGCCCACAGAUUGUUCCCAAAGCUGCAGUUUGAGGAUUUUAUUGACAGAGUGGAGUCUUUGGGAAACAAAAAGGAAGUUCAGACCUGCCUAAAGAGAAUUAGACUUGAUCUUCCUAUUUUACAUGAAGACUUCAAAAAUAAUGAAGAAGGAGAAGGGGAAAGCAAUGGACUGGAUCCAGCUGCUCAAGAUGCACAUUCCUACUCUGGAAAUGCAGAACUGAAUUCCCUGCCUGGUACAAGUCUGACCGAGGAGCAGAAAGAGCGGAUGAAGAAGAACCGKCAGCUGGCCCUGGAGCGGAGGCAGGCGCGGCUGCAGGGCCUCAGCCAGUCCCAGCCCCAGGAGCUCCCCAGUAGUUACUCAGAAGAGMAGUUUAACAGCCCAGUUGCUCAGGAUCCCACUGACCUUACUGAAGACACUCAGGUUCCUGCAGCCAAGGAUGCUCUCACAGAAGAUGGAGAUGAGGAAUUGGAACCUACAAGGGAAGAGCAGUAACUUYCCCACACUGUGAAUGCCUUUCUUGACCAAAGACCCUCCUGCUUUAAGAACUGUCAUUGUACUGAGAUAUUGCUGGCUCUUGGCACUCCAGAAGCUUCAGGGAAGUCUUUCCCAUGGCAUCACUGAAGGACAGAACUCUUCCCCAGAAACUGCAGAGGAGAAGCCCUGUACACCAGGGAACAGAAUAAAGUUCUUCACCUGCACUUGAGCCAUCUUUUCCACCUCCCACAACAUUUUUUAGGAAAUGUUAUUGAGUUUUUGGACCUACUUUGAAUGUAGUUUAUAAUUUAUGUCAAACUGAAUUAAUUGGGAUGUUGACUGGUUAAGUUUCUAUUAAAGUUGCAUUGUUUGGGUUUUUUUAACAGGUCUUUUUGGGUCUGAACAGGGGUACUGGAUUUUUUUAAACUACUUAUCCAUUACUUACAUACUUUUCUUAUAAAAUGGAAACUAUUAAAUUUCAGAAGUCAAACCUGAAAUUCUUGUAUGAGGCCUUCCAAACUUCCCCAUCCUUUGAGUCAGACAUCUCUUCCCAGACAAGUACCUUCCUUCAGGRAACAAGACCUUCCUUCACCUGAUCCUCCUCUAUGCUUGAGGCUCUGCUUUAUCCUCUCCUUAGAGUCUUGUUUUUCCUUACACAACAGCUUUUCCCUUUUGUAGAAUGAAGAGGAAUUGCCGCCUCCACUAGUAAAGAGUACUAGAUUGCUAGACACUGAAUUAAGCCACUAUCCUCAGGGCAACAGAUUAUUUUAUGAAGGAWUUUGCUUUUUAUAUUGUAGGGAAGAAGGAAGUAUUUAGGUUUUAAGAACUUAAUUUAUGGAUAACA